AUGGUAGAUUUGCCUUGGGACAUCAUCUCCAGCAUCCCUCAGAAUGACGAAAUUUGGAGCAUGGCGACGGCGAGGGGCAACUUCCUUCGACUCUGGCUCGGACUUGUGAUUCUUGCUUGGAUUGGUGACUGCUACACCAUCUUACUGGCCCUUUUCAUGGUGCUGAUGCUUCUUCCAGUGAUCUACGUCACGAUCCUCCUCUUCACCGACCGCCAGCUGCUGUGGCACCAAGUCACUCAGUGCUUUCGCCGACUGGAGCGACUAGAGAAAGUGGCCGCAGAAACGACGUGGCCACAGUGGAGUUCGCUUUGGCCUCAGACCCCACGAGACAAGCGCAAGUGUGCCUUUCUGUUGCUUUCCCUGCUCUUGCUGGGCUCCCUUCACGAGUGCUUCAUGAUGCACGAGCAGUUAGAGGCCAUGGCCAUGGAGGUGAAUAGUGAAGAGAUGGCGACGCGCAUGGCGCAAGAGCAAGUGGACAGGAUAUCCGGAAAGUACAACUACCAACGCAGUCCACCUGCGCCGUCCUGCGCUUGGGAUGAGAUGCGUGGAUCUUGUGCCGGUUUGUCGCAUCUUCACGGAGUGAGGAACGUCGAUCAGUGUCGAGAGAUUUGCUGUAAGAUGGGGAGCUUUUGUUCCACUUGGCAGUUUUCCUUGUGA